AUGCGCAAGCGAGAACGUUCGGCUUCAGCAUCGCCUGUAAUGGGCGCAACUUCGCAGGUUGAGCCGCCGGGCCAACGGGUGUGGCUGCGCCAGCAGGUGCUGUUUGAUGUCCUGCGCCGAACCUCCUUGGCGGAGCAGAAGGAUCGCGAGAUUGUGGAGUGGCUCACAGACGCCGCGGAAUGGUUGCAGGACAGUGAGUACGAGAAACUCGGUGCGGGAUCGCAGGCGGAGCUCCGUUUCCUCGUCCUCGGUGUCUUGCAUACCAUGCCGUGGUGGCGCGUGGUGGAGGCCGUGGAUCCAAAGCGGGUCCACGUUGCUUCACGUGGGGCACAGAGUGCCACCCGCGCCAUCACACGCUGGCAUGAGAAGAUACAACUUGCCUUUGAACGGGUAUGCAUGCUGCUGAUUGAGCAAUCACCACACGCCGUUCGGGGAGUACUAGAGGUAGCCAUGAAGCCGUUUCAAAUGCGGCCCCCCGUGGCGGACGGUGCACGACGGUUGAUCCCGGCGGAUUCCAUAAUGCGAAUCAUGAACGCUGUGUCCACGAAGUACCCUAGUGCACUUGUCCUGGACGUGCUGGAACAAACCAUGCGAUCACUUGUGCCAAAACGGCGAUGGGCGGAGGAGCGACAUCACAGGGCAUGCAUUGCACUCUUUCUGCAUCUCGCACUGGAGGCUCAUGUUCCCUUAUUUCCGACUCAUACUUACGGCCAAAUUGGACCAUUUGGGAAUGGCGCUUCCGAUCCAUUUUGUAGCACCUCUCAUGCCAUUUCGGUUCAGGGUUCUGAAGAUAGUGCGACGGAUGCGGCCGCUUCAUCCUCCUCCAACCGCUACCAUCAACUACACCCUCUUGAGAUGACGUGCCCUGUGAUGUCUGCAAGUGAUGCGGACUUUAGUGAUGCAUCGAUGAACAUUUCAUCUACGGCUUCCGGUCAUUUCUUUCCAACGCGGCUUACUGAUUUUACAAUGCAGAACAAUAAAAUGUUGGCAUAUCGCAAUGAACUCAUCCGUUUUGUCUUGCAGCAGCUACUGGACAUGGAGUUGUCACUCCAAAACUCUGAUAAUGAAUCCCUGCAGGAGUUGACUUCACCUUCCUCCUCAUUCUAUAGUAUUGGCCCGACGGACGCCACUCGGUUGCCGUGGAGACCUCUUAUUGGACGGUUCAAGGAGCGAUCAACGGACAAACCGUUUGUAGACAUCCUUCGUGGUUGUACGAGUAUUGUUUUUCACAGACUGGCGGAAGAUCUUGUGCGGCAGCGGGCCGCAGGUGUUUGCGGGAACGCCGAAUGGUGGCGUGAGUUACUCGCCUUUCAUCUCAAUUUUGUCAUAAAGAUGGAAUGCCCGAUCUGUUUGUUGUAUUUGGCGCCAAGCCUUGCACUGCUGGGCGGCGAAGAAGAGGCUAUUGACAUGAUGCAUAAGCUCGUGUCUCUGGUGACAAAGGGGUACCUACCGGUUCAACAAAGCGCAAGGCGUGUCACUGCGGCGGGUCCGGCACGUGUGCGGAUGGCACCCCCAUGUGUUGGUCCGCUGAUGAUUCCCAUGACGCAUCGUGUGCGUGCCGCGGUCUAUAUUUAUCCACUCUUUCGAUUUUUGCGUGAUCGUCUUGGAAACGGCGAAGGGACGCGAAAACGACUCCAGAAGUGGGUCGUGCAGGAGCUGAAAGGUACUGCCACCGUUUCCGCAAGCCUGAUCGUGCAAGUGCUCUUUGCUCAAUGUGCCGCCAUGUCGCAGCUGUUGGAAGCCGACUUUGUGGAGGAGAUGAACUCCCAGCUGCCGGGCUCGACUGCACUGCGGUCGUUAUGGGAGCAGUAUCUUUUCCCCGAAGGCACGACCUCGCGAGCUUGUAAUGGGGACAAUGAGGGGAUGUCAAGCGUCUCCACAAACAACAGCUACAAUGGCACCAACACCACGACGAAUGACACUGUUGAUGUGGGCGCGCAAAAGAGGCGGAUGGACCUUUUGAAGAUGGAGGCGCAGGGGUUUUUGCACCCCAAACUGAUGGACGACUGCCCGUGGGACUGGCGCCGGUGCCAGACCGAGAGGGCAUUGGAGUGA